AUGCCUUUGACCUCACAGAUGAUGCGAAACUUUUCCCAUCUUUGUGCAAUGAUGCCUUCCCGUGCAGUUACACGAGAACUCAUCGAGAUCUAUUUCUCAGAGGCCAAUUGGUAUCUUGCACUACUAGAAAAGCAUUACUUUGAAAAGCUCUUCAGCUCUUGGUGUGCUAUCAGCGACCAGCCUAGAGAAAUUUCCCAUUUCGAGGGGGUUUCUAGCGAUCUUCUCCAUUUUCCAGCUCUGAUAUUUCAGGUCCUGGCUGUUGCUUUGCAAUUUACCGCUCCCAACAUGCCCUGUAUUCAGGCUUUAGGGAUAGACAGUUUUACUCAACGUGACUUUCUCUCGAAUAAUUUCUCCACUAGAGGGAUGGAAAUCUCGAGCCUUGUGGGAAGACAUGACCCCACAAUUACUGCUGUCCAGAGCGAUCUCAUGAGGUCAUUGUGGCUGAAGAACUCCAGUCGUGGGAGGGAAGCAUGGCAAGUCUUAGGCGGUGCAAUCAGGAUGGCUCAAGAUCUAGGACUCCACCGACAGGCUAAGGUCAUUCAAAAAGUGCAAUCUCCACUAGAAGAAACUCUUGAUCUCUUGUGGUAUGAUGAGUAUAAACGAAGGUUAUGGGUCAAGUUAUAUUCCUGGGAUAGUCAUAUGGCUUUCACUCUUGGCAGACCUCGAGCAAUCAACAGCAGCGACUGUAUAAUACUGCCGCCAUUAGAUCGCGAUAUCCCUGCAGAUCCCUCGAAAACGAUUCCGACGGCUUUAUUCUCCCAUGAGCCUCCAUCAUCCUUCACGCCCCAUCUCUUUCAAUACGCCGUCUGUCAGCAGAUGCAUGAAGCCAUGUCGCUAGGUCUUCAUAGAAGCCACAUUGAAGAUUAUAGUCGGGUCGAGAUUAUUCAUGACCGCAUAAUUUCUUUACUGAACAACUUGCCUCCUGUGCACAGGUUGGCAAACCCCGAUACGUCCUGGGAUUCAACCCAUACACAUAUCCCUAAGCAGCGUCAACAAAUAGCAACAGCGGCGCAUUCAUUCCUCGUGGCCCUGCACAGACCGCAUUCGAAAACCCAUGCGGCUAGUCGUGAUGCCGCAACUCAUUCAGCGCUUUCUAUACUCGAUGCACAAGAACGUCUCUUCGCUCUUAUGGCAAAUCAGUACUCUAAUAUCUACGCUCUCUCCGUCUAUACCGUCGAUGCCUCUAUCUUUCUUUCCGUCACCACCCUUCAAUACCCACCCUCGGAUCCUGCUCUAGCAGAGAUAAUUGAUCGUGCAAUUGAGAAGGCUAGAAGUCGUCUUGAAUUUAUGAAGGAAAGAGUUUCCUUAUCAAAUUCAGCGUUACAGAUUCUAAAACUUUGUCACCUCAAAAAACAGUCCCUGUCACAACUCCAGUUUUAUGCCCCCACGUUUGCGGUUCCUCAAUCCACCCAAAUAGGAGAAACUGCUGCUUCGGGCGCGAUGAGGAUUGAUGGCACAUCAGAUCCCGCGCCAAUAAGUCCUGUACAAGUCCAUAUGCCCAGUACCAUGUCAAAUUUUGAGCCUAGCCAAAUUGACAGUGCGGUUAUGUUUGACGAUUUCAUCAUGUCGGAUUUUGACGUUGAGUCGUGGGUGCAACAGAUGGGACUGAUGAAUGAUCUGGACGAUUAUUGA